AUUUGAUUAUUUCUAUUAGUCAUAUUCGUAAAAUAAUAGUACUAUUUUUAGUAAACAAUUAAAAGGGCCUGUUGGGCUACUAAUUUAUUUAUUUAUGGAAAAAUAACCGCAUUCCAGCACCCGCCAACGGGGGUAUUAAAUCAACCAGUCCAGCAAAAUUUGUGCUGUAAUUGACGGAUCGGAAUCGACUCGGUGCUUAUACAUUAGCAUUCUCCAGCAGAGUAUUUUGUGAUGGCUGGUCAACGAAAGCGCGCCCAUUCUCAGUCUCGUUAUGCUGACAAUGGGAGAAAUAAAAGGAGAAAUGCUGGCUCUGAUAAGGACCUUUUCUCUAUCGGUCCUGACGACACGGUUUAUCGCUACUUAUGCCCUGGGAAGAAGAUUGGAAGUAUUAUCGGCAAGGGAGGUGAGAUUGUUAAGCAAUUGAGGGCGGACACUAAAUCUAAAAUCAGGAUUGGUGAGACGGUGCCUGGCUGUGAGGAACGUGUUGUCACCAUCUACAGCUCAAACGAGGAAACAAACAACCUUGAUGGCUCUGAAGAUUGUGUUUGUCCUGCCCAGGAUGCGCUUUUGAAAGUCCAUGAGAAAAUUGUUAACGACAUAGUUGAUGUGGACUCUGAGGAUGCUCCCCAGUUUACUGUUAGGCUUCUAGUACCUUCUGAUCAGAUUGGAUGUAUCAUUGGGAAAGGGGGUCAGAUAGUACAGAAUAUUCGUAGUGAAACUGGAGCUCAGAUUCGUAUACUGAAAGAUAACCAUUUGCCUGCAUGUGCAUUGAGCUCGGAUGAACUUCUGCAGAUAUCUGGUGAAGCCACUGUAGUGAAGAAGGCGCUUUAUGAAAUAGCAGCCCGUGUUCAUAAGAAUCCAUCCCGUUCUCAACACUUGCUUGCUUCUGCUGCACCAAAUAUCUAUUCUUCAAGGACACUUGUAGGUCCAACUGCUGCUGCUCCAAUAGUAGGAAUAGCCCCAUUAGGGUCUUACGGGGGCUACAAAGGAGAGACUCGGGACUGGUCAAGGCCCUUAUACUCAGCUGCAAAGGAUGAAUCAUCUUCAAAGGAAUUUUCUAUUCGUUUGCUGUGUCCUACUGCAAAUAUUGGUGGUGUUAUUGGUAAAGGUGGUGUCAUAAUCAAUCAAAUUAGACAAGAAUCUGGUGCAGCAAUCAAAGUUGAUAGUUCUGCUGCCGACGGUGAUGAUUGUGUGAUUUCAAUUUCUGCGAAAGAGUUCUUUGAGGACACAUAUUCUCCAACUGUUGAAGCAGCAUUGCGCUUGCAACCGAGGUGCAAUGAGAAAGGUGAAAGAGAUUCCGGUCUUAUAUCGAUCACCACAAGAUUGCUGGUCCCAAAAUCUCGAAUAGGGUGUCUUAUUGGGAAAGGAGGAGCUAUAAUCAAUGAGAUGAGGAAAAUUACAAAAGCUAAUAUUCGUAUACUCUCCAAUGAAGACCUCCCCAAGGUUGCUGCUGAAGAUGAUGAGAUGGUGCAGAUCUCAGGAGAACUUGAUGUGGUAAAGGAUGCACUCAUGCAAGUAACUUCACGUCUGAGGGCUAACCUUUUCGAAAGAGAGGGUCCGGCAUCUGCCUUUGUGCCAGUUCAUCCCUACCUCCCCAUGACAACAGAUUCAGAUACCUUGAAACACGAAAGUAGGGACACUAGAAGACAUGGACAUUCUUACUCAGCUGGCUAUGGUGGUUCGAGUGAUCUUCCACGUGCUAAUGCUUAUGGAAGUUACAGUGGUAUCCAGAGUAACAGCAGUAGCAGCAUAAGAUAUGGAGCUUAUGAAGGAUAUUCCCUUGGGCGUUCUGGUGCUUCUAGGUCAUCAGGGCAAGACCCUGCUUCCCGCAGAAAAAGUUAUGGUUACUAGUGUGUGUAACUGGACCGGCAGCUGAGAUAUAUGAAGCAUGAAGCCAGCCUAUUGCCUCCUUUGCACCUAAACCAGAAGACCAGAUAAAUGAGGAUUUGGGAACUAUGGCCUAACCUUGAUGCUUUUCUUUAGGAGGACCAUAACUGAAGAUUUGACCUCUCUAUCGAAAUUUGCCAUGUCCCGACAUCACAAACUUACAAGUUCAAAAAUCUUGUGGUCCAAAGAACCAGUGUAGCCGUGCGCCUUUAUCCUUCUUUCCUUGUGGUUGUAUUGAAGAUGAAUAACCCCCUCAAAUCUCAGCCAUGUCUUGAUUUCUUUUCAUUUUUUCUGUUUAAUUUUAAUUUGGAUGAGUUAUUGUGGGAUUUGAUAAAGGUAGAUGUUAGACCUGUUCUCCUCGUGCAGUUCUGUCUGUUUUGCUGGUUCUUUAGAAUGGAAAAUUUAAUUUGUAUCCCGACAUUUGAUAUGUGUCACUUUAUCGUAUCUUUGAUUUUAAAUUAUAUAUCAUCUUAUCUUGUUUGCA